AUUCAUGCGCGGAAAUGUCUCACCCAUCAGACGUUCGUCAUCGCCGAGGUGGACGGCAAAUACCAGCCUGUUGCCGCUCUCAACCAUCCAGACCUCAGCGGCAUGCGCGCCGCGGCCCAGUGCCAUCGCCUACUCCAGAUAUUCUCCCAUCCAAGCAACCGGCUUGCCCUCGAGGCGGAGCUCUUCUCAGCCAAGACAUUCUUCAAAGGCCGCAUCGCACCGGACCCCAAGCACCCAACUACCUCCGAGUUUACUCAGCUAUCCCCUUUCGCCUUUAUUUCCACCUGUUUAACUGUGGGAUCCUUGCAUCGUACCGACGGUCACCCUCCAGCCGCCAUCCACCAGCUUCCCUUCGAUCUUCACUUCGAUUACUGCCUUAAUGGCGGAGGCAUCAUUGUUAUCGACAUCACUGAUUUGGAUAAAAUCAAGUACUGCUUUGCGUUUAUUUCAAGGCUACGCUCCCGCCCGCUCUCUGCCAAGCAGUACCUUGGAACAUUCUAUUCGGAAGAUGACAAAUUUCUACAAGAGCCGCGGUCCGUCACUAUAACUACAGGUCUUACAAGAUGGGCCGUCAUUGAUGUGUUUAGUCUUGUUGCACAAACUACUGUAACUGGCCCUCGAGGAUUAGUUGAGCAAGCUGUCGACAAGAUGAUGAAGGCUCUCCAAUCAUCUUCAAAUGUGGCCGACCUCGACACAAUCAAACAGGAAAUGUUACAUUUCCCAGGGCUCAAAAAGAUUGUCAAGGACUGGUUUUCCCAAAACCCACACCUCGUGGACGGAUCCCCUACGACUCUCUCUCUCGUCUCCUUAGUGUACGAAGGAGAGCAGAUUCUCAACUGGGGCUGCUUCCCCAUUCUUGACGUUUCCUCCCUGGAAACCUUGCUACAAACCCCCGGGUUUCAGAACGUCCACACAAUCAGUCUUGCCACGCCACGAACCAGUUUGUUUUAUCCCAAACCACUAUGGCCUGUCCUCUCUACACUCCCAAACCUCAAAACCGUCUGUUUCCUAGACCCGCUCUCCGUCAAUGGAUUCGUCACCUGCCAACCCUUUGUCGAGCUGGCGCAGUCCGACCUCAACAUCCGCCUCGACAAACUCACCAUCACCGCACCCUUUUACCACUCCAUCCACGAAGAAAACUGGAUCUCAGACGACACCUCUCCCCCGUUGCUCACACCCUCUUUCCCCGUUGCUCAACUCCUCGUCCACCACGACAGGUCAAAAAUCCACGACCUCGCGCAAUACGAGUACUUCUCCCUCGGCGACGCCCUUCUCAGCCCCGUCCGGCUACUCACCGGCCUAUUCCAAUACAUGAGCAUAAUGCGCUCCCUCCUCUUCGUAACCGGCGGAACCACCGCCCUCAACGUAUCCGCAUGCUUCGCAGCCAGCUCCUCAUCCCUCACCUCGACGGAGUUCGGCGAGAUCGGGCCCCUCCCCGCCCAAAUCUACAAGUACGGCCUCGAGGCCGCCCGCAAGGUAUCCCACCGAGGUCAGUUCUCCGCCAUGAGAGACCUCCAGCCCGGGCAGUGGACCGUCCUCCUGCGCCAGAUCCGCUCCUCCAGGUUCCAGUACGCGUUCGUCAGGGCCCGGAAGAUGAUACGCAUCAAGGAGGCCACCUGGGGCCGCAAGCCCAUCGAGCCCGACAUGAUUGAGGUCUUCACCGUUGAGGACUUCCUUGGCGAGACGGCACCGGAUGUUGACGUGGGCGGUAUGCAGAAUCUAUAUAGCCAGUUAUUGCCUGAAGGGUUCGACACAAGCACCGUGUUGACCCUCUUAGAUCCACAGGAGGCGUGCAUUCUGUUGGAUGAAUUCAUAGAUAAGACGAAAGAAGUGGACUUGGUCAAGCAACGUCUCAGAGACGGCAUGCACUUAAAUCGACCGUUGUGGAGGGUCAUGAUAAACCGCUGA